AUGGACGACGAUGCCUCAUCAGUGAACGGCCAGGCAUCUCCUUCUGGUGAUGAAUGGUGCUCUGGGUCACCAUUUGUGAGUGCGUCAUCAAAUUAUCAAAAAACUACGUCUCCAGGAGAGCAGAGUGAUGGAGGCUCACCGCGGGAUGUGAACCAGGAGCAGGUUCUGUCCUUAGAAGACAAGAAUGCUGCUGCCUCUCCUUCUCAUGAGUCCGCGUCAGCGGCAUCAUCUCCAGCGUAUGGAGAUCAUGGUGAUGACACCAAAGAAAUCGAUGCGAAAUCAGAUGCGGAAGAGAACUCUACUGAAGGGGAACCCAAGGGUACAGUCUCAAGCGAUGAAGAAGGAGAUAGCGGAGAAUCACGGAAAAGGCGUGCCAUUGAUUCCGAUGAUAGUGAUAAUGAAGUUUCUAGUCCUCGAAGGUCUAUUUGUUUGUCCUUAUCCGUUGCAUAGUACUGAAAGGGAGCUCCACUUCAUAAUUCUUAACUUGGCAAACUAAUUGUAAAUAUAUUUGGCGAAGAUAUAGAUGAGGAUGCGGACGGUGGACGUGAGGGUGGCGGUGAUGAGCAGCGCGAGGAGCCACAGGGGGAGGUUAAUCAAGAUGAUGAAGACGACUAUGUCCAAGAUAGACACAAGCACGAUGAAAGAGACAGAGCUGGAUUUGAAUGGGAUUUCGAUCUGAUGUUACGAGAGAAGAAAGCUGAAAGAAAGAAGAAGAGGAAGCGACGCGAUGCAGGAAUUGACAUAAUAAAUGAUGAUGACGGAGUCAUCGCGCAUAUGGUAAACGCAAUGAAAAAUGCUGCAAAGGACGAUAGGCAUUCAAACACAGAGCGAAAGCCUGCUCUCAAGAAAAGAAAAAUGCUUCAUGAUGUGAAGAUGAUGCUUCUCAGGGUGAGUGAUGUCCCGCGAAUUGUAAUAUUAGCGAUUGACUUGUUAAAUGCAUAUCGUUUUCAAUCAAUCGGUAGCCUUCUUGCCUUUUCUUUCCCUUUUAUAGUUCCCAACUUCAAAUGUAUUGCUCUGCAGGUACGGCGUGAAUAG